AUGGAAGUGGACACAUCUUAGAAACACAAUCAAUCAUUCCAAGAUAAAUAAUUGUAUAUGUGCAAUUCUCUAAUAUUUUUGAAAGUAUUCCUUGUGUCUUUAUUCAAACUUUACAUAUUGAUUGGAUUGCAGGAGAGUAGAAUUGAUUUAUUGAAAAAGUUAGAUUUAUAACAACACAGCUAAUUUUACAUACUGAUUACUUUUUAGGAUUCAAAAUUCAAGCUAUAGCAUUAAAACCAUAAGCUCUUCAUUCAAUAUAAUUUUACUGGUUUUCAAUUUCUUAUUCUUGAUUAUGAGUAAUCAUUUACCAUACAUGGGAUGUUAAAAACCUAAAAAUAGGUUCUGGAGAAAGAACAGUAUCAUUCACGAUUGAACAUAACUUAAAGGAUGUUACUUAAGGAAUUAUUGGAGUAAAACAAAUUCAUUCUAAUUUAAUCGUUAAGUUUAUAGUAAAUUUUUUCUAAUUUUUAACAUUUUUUUGAUUUAAUCACUACAUAGACUAUUACAGAUUUAGCAAAAAACAUAUUAGUUAUCAUAAAUUAAAUUUUUAAGUUUUAAUGUUCUUCUUGGUACCACUUAAACAUUAUGGGCAUCUUCUAAGUAAUCAUUAAAAAAUGUACUAAAUCAUCCCCUUUUUUCAAGAGAUUCAGGUUCAAUUAAACUUAUAAUGUCAAUUAAUCUACCAUAAGGUUUAGAAAAUUAUAAAGUAAUUCCUAUUGCCACAUUAAGAGGCUAUGA